AUGGCGUCGUGCUGUCCCGGCUCCUCGUCUCCGUCGGGGGGACUGCUUUGUCACCAGUGGGCUCUCGAUCAGCACUGCGCGUGCAGUGGAGAGAAACCCCUGCAGUCGCCCGCCUCUUCCUGUUCGCCCUCUUCCGCAACUUCUUCGUCGUACCCUCUACCCUCCUCUCUCCCGUUCCCGUUAACUCCGUCGCUCGCCUCAACUCGAUGCUGCAGCGACGCGGAAAACUCCCUGGAAGCCGUGCUCGCGGCGGCCGGAGCGUCCGGGGCCUGUGGACAUGCGCAGCCCCGGAUGAUCCAGGCGUUCCCUCCAGGAACCUCAGUUGAGACGCUGUACAAACUCGGUCCCGUCCUCUCAGUCUGCCAGGCGCAGCAAGCAAAAGAACAGCGCGAGGCCGCGCCGCAGGCCGCAGGACAAGACGGCGCAGCGCAGAGCGCCAGCCAUGCCAGCAGACGACAGAAAAGACCUGCGGAAGACGCAUGCGAGCAGGGCGCCGGACACCACGCGGGGUCGCGAGAAAGUCACCAGUGUGGCGAGGGCGCGAGAGAGAAUGGAAAGGCGGGGUCGAGUGCUUCCUCUUCACCGACUGCCGCUCCUUCUUCGACGCGGCCUGUUCUCCGCCAUGCCCUGACGCGGGGAACGCAUCAGCCGAAAAUCAUCAAAAGCAUAUACAAACAGAGAAUUCCGGCGAGCGCGGGUGGCGACAGGCUUUGGCGACGCUUAUGCAUGCGGCUGUUAAAUCUUCCCCCCCAUCGGAACGUUUUGUCUCUGGACGCGAUCUAUGAGGAGAAAGAGAAGUUCUACUUUGUGAGUGAGAAACUCGAGGGAGGAGAGCUCUUCGAUUUCCUGUUGACAGAGAAAACGGUCGAGGAACACAUUUGCCAGUACAUCAUCUUCCAGAUUCUCCAAGCCCUCAAUCACAUGCACUCGAACCAACUUCUCCACAGAGACAUCAAACCCGAGAACCUGAUGUUUCGUCGUCGUCGCGGCGCCGCGCAUCCGGACGGUUCCCGAACUGAGUCGUCUGCUGGCCCGUCUGCGAGUUCCGCGAACCACCCCACGGGGAGCGUCUGUGGCGAGGGCAGUGUGACGGGGGGGUCAGCGGCGUCGUGCUUCACCGCUACUGAGUGCUCUGCAGGUUUCUUUUCGUGUCCUUCCGAGGCCGUCUCUGCGUAUCACGGGAACCAAUGUUCCAGUCGUGCCGCGCUUACCCCGGUCGAGCUUGAGCACGAGCUCGUUCUCAUUGAUUUUGACACAUGCAAGAUGAUGGAAGUUCCUCCCCACGAAUACGGAGAAGUCACGGGGGGACAGAGACGCCUCGUGGGGACGUACGGAUACCUGGCGCCGGAGGUCUUGAGAGGCGGAGACUACACAGUUCAGUCCGACCUGUGGAGCGUUGGCGUCAUCCUCUACAUUCUGAUGACGGGUAUUCCUCCUCUCCCUAUGGAGCUGCUGACGUCAGCCAGAGCGUCACUCAUGGUUUUCUCGCAGAUACAAGAGAAGCAGGGGGGAAUCGACUACGACGUCUUUCCUCUUCCAGAUUUCCCCCUGGCUCGUGACCUGUGCCAAAAGCUCCUGCAGAUCAAUCCGAGGCAACGGAUGCCGUCUGCCCGCGAGGCGCUUCGCCAUCCUUGGUUGCGCGACUUCACUCUGCGCUUUGGCGAUGGCAGUUCGACGCCUGCGCCGUCUCCCAAGGCGUGUGGAUGCGACGGGGUCUUCGGAGAGGCCGUUUCGCUCCCAUUCGGGUGUUUCCCCAGUGCCCCGACGCUCCGGGGUCAUCCGUCUCGGUCGCCACACGCUUUGUUGCCAGUUACAGGGCUUUCCCCAGAUCGACACUCUGUACAGUCCAGUCCCCUCUCAGUCAUCGGGUUCCCCGGCGCCUGGCGCGGGGCGCACCUACGUCACGCAGGAGCUUCCAAUGGCGCAGGGUGUUCGUCGGUUGCCUCGUCUUGCCGGUGUGAGGGAGAAUCAUGGUGGGGAGGCGAGGGCGAGCCGCGCGGGGGAGCGCCGAAGGAGGAACCGCCCUCCAACGCGUCUGGGCUCUGCGAAAGCGAUUGCGGCCACGGCCCGCUUCCGCCGUCGGUGGGGCCUGGCUUCUGCCCGACUCCACUGCAGGCAUGCACUUUCGAAGCGGCUUCCUCAAGCACUUUGGCUGCUCCUGGACGCCGGCCUGCUGCUCCGGCGUCUUCGCCUCCGUCCCACCCUUCCUCGUUCCACUCCUGCUUUGUUUCUCCCGGCGAGAGGCCCGGCGCCAGCGCCUCGUCGCGACCCGCCUACUUAGCUGUGACGAAUCUCGCUUCGUCUCCCCCAUCACUGUUGUCCCCUCCACGUGCCCAGAACGGGAAACCGCCAACGCCGAUGGACGGCGUCUUGAUGGAGCCGGACGUUUCCGCGUCGGACGGCCGCGAUGCACUCGUCUCAAACUCGCCGCUCGGCCAAACGCGAAGGCGGCAAAGUCCGCUGGGGCCAGGGAACUGUCUGGUGUGGCUGGGGUCUCCUGGAGAACACGUGGGGUCGGCGGGAGUGGGACAAGAGGCCAUGCGGCGUGCUGCGCACGAGCAAGGCACGGAUCUAUGCGCUUUUCCGCGCUCCGGCACAGCAAGCGAUCUUCGUGUGAGCGAAAAUGUCGCCGCUGCAUUCGCAGAAGUGGGUGCGCAUCCUUUCGGGAUCGCUGCGUCGUCUCCUGCGCAGGCCUGCAAUAUUCCUGCGGCGCCGCAUGCAGGCGCCCCGCAGGGCCAACCGACUGGCGCUCCCUUCGGUGUCUUGGCUUCCUUCGCGAGCAUGACCGACCUUUCUGCGCGACCCUUUGCGGGGAUUGGCGGCGCGGAAUGCGGCGGAUCUGCUUCUCGGGUGGGGGGCGGGGACGCCUCCAUGGAGAACGGAGAGGCGAAGAACGCGUUGAGAUUCGCGUUCGCCAACGUAGGACCCGGGGGUGGCCUCUUCAGCCUCGCCGCCCCCAGGGAAGUCCCCUCUGAGGAACAGGUGAUGGAUGGGGACGGCAGCAGCGCCAUGUCUCAUCGCGGCGAGCCGACGAGUGGAACCCGCAGCAGGUCAUUGUCGGGGGAGAGGGAGAGACUGAAGGACGGCGCGGGCAGGCUGGCAAAGUCCGCGGAAGCGGAACUGAAGCACAUCCGAGCAGGAGUCGACAGCGUGGCACCGGCCGGGUUCUCCACUGGAUACACCGAACGCCCUGCGGACCAGACACUGGCACGAAGCUUGGAGAAGCCUUUGAGCUGUCUGGAGGCAGAGACCGUGCAGGACGCCUCCAUGGAGGGCUCGGAGACGGAGACAAGCGCAAUGGAGUGUGAAGGCCCAGCGCCGUACCCUGCCCGAGGGCCGGGGGUGGCCGGACGCGUCGGACAGAUCUUGGGUGCAAUGCCACUUGCGGAAGCGACUCCCGGAAACCUUGCGUCACCACCUUGCUCGUGUCCUCCGUGGACACCUUCUUUCCACGGAGGGUGCGCAGCCUCGUUUGCAACGCCACUGCUGGAGGAGCGGCGUGAAUCGUGUGAGAGUUCCGCAACGCCCUCGACCGCGUGCACGUCUUCGACGCGAGGCUUCUUCCGUUCACGCCAGUCUGACAGUCCCCAGGCGGCCUGUCGCUCCCUGUUUAGCCAUUGCCUUGGAGUGGGCAACAGACGAGAGGACAAGGACGACAGACAUGACAAUGGUCUGCUUGCGCAGAGCGGUCCCGCAGUGACACAUUCGGAGCGGGUGUCGGUUGGUGCCGAGGCGUGCCGCGGCAGUCAUCCGAAUUCUGGAGCGUCUCGCCGAGAAGGAACCGGCCGAGGGUCGAUCGUCUCGUGUGUCUUCUCUGGGACUUCCAGUGUUGAGGGGAGUUCCGGUUGUCGGCGGAAGCGCGUGGCGUCUCCUGAGUGUUUCAGGACGUCCGCCUCUUCUCCAACACCAUCCCUCGAAGCUGAGGGCAACGUGACGCCCUACUCUAUGGCCACGGGCAGCGGGGGUGCAUGCGAUCCAUCUGCUUUCUCGCAGUUUUUCGCGCACAGCCGCGACUUCAGUGCUCCAGAUAUUGCUGAGGAGCAAGUGGCGCAGACGCCGCUGAUCUCGUCUCCGUCGCACUACCCAGCGACGCGGCCGUUUUUCACAACUCCGCAGGCGAAUGGCAUGUGUUCUUCGCCGGCCUCGACGGCAACCACCGUCUCUUCCCUCUCUCACGUGACAGGCUCCAACGUCGCGGCGUCUGGUCCUCCCUGCAGCGUGCCGUCGUUUGUUCUUCCGCCACAGUCGCGACCGCAACCCCGUGCCCUGAGCCCGCCGCAGGCGUGCGCGGGGGGAGGAAGCCAAAAGGGAGGACGCACAAGUGUCGCCGGCCGGCCUGCUGGUCUUCAGCCACUCCAGCAGCAGCAUAUCCACGACUCAGCGUUUCCACCGUCGUUUUCGUUACCCAUGGGCGUCUCGGGGCCGGUUGAUCCUGCGUUUCCCGUGCCGCUGUCUUCGCCGCCCAGUUCAGGCCGCGCAGGGUGCGCCCGAGCAGGCAAGCGGCGUUCUCUGAUGAACGCGUAUUCGAACAAAGGCAAGAAAGACGGAGUCGACGCGGUUUCCGCGCGAGCGAUGCCCGUUCCGGAAUCCCCCGGUCGCACAUCCGUCCCCAGGAUCCAGGCAGACUGCUUCCCAGCGCAGUUCCACGGUGCGUCUUCACUCUCGCCGUCUUCCUGUGGCAGCAACACCACCAGGGCUUCGGGAGCGCCACACAGCUUGGGCAUGGCCACGGCUCAGUCCUCUCUCGCUUCUUCCUUUGUCGCGUCCUCUCCUUCGUCGCCCACGGGGACCUCCGUUGGCGGAUGCCACCCUGGGCAAUCCGGUCACCUCGACAGCAUCGCUGAGAGUGCAAAAGUAUCCGACAUGUGUCGGCAGGCGGGAUGUGGAGUGCUCCAGCGGGAACACUGCUGUCUCAUGGCCGACCCGGAGGGCGGAAAUCUUUCCGGAGCUCCGAACAGAGGUAAUCCCUUUUCGGAUGGCAACGGCAACACGGGAGGGUCUGUUGAGAUCAGCGAGGUGACUGGCGGUGUGUUUGGAAAGUCCCAGUUUUGCGUCGCCUCGCAAGGACGACAAAGUCCAGGAAUGCCGUGCUCGACUUCGACCUUCCCGUUGACAGAUCCGCGUGUCUCCGCGAGGCCCUUGCACGACCCAAAUGCGUUGCAAAGGACCAGUUUUGGAUUGCACCCGCCGAUGAGUUGUACAGCUGAUCGUGGACGGUAUGUACAGGGCGGAGUGCUUCCCAGUUCCGGAGAGGCGAGAGACGAGACGGAGAGCGGCAGCGAAAACGGUCAAGACUUCGUCGCAGGCGCCAGUGGGCAUCCUGCUGUCACUGUUGUUGACACACUGCAGGCUCUUCUCAAAGCGGCAGAAGACGUCUUUUCAAUGGGGACGGCGGCGGGCACGUCGCUGUGA